AUGUACACUUGGGAUUUGGGGAAUGGUAAAGUGAACUUUUGGCUUGACAACUGGUGUUCUAAAGACUGGAUUGGGGCCCCACCUCCAGACUUUAACCCUCAGCUCCUAGCCUGUGACUUCUGGGAUGGGGACUCCUGGGAUGUUCCUAAGCUUCAAUCCUUGUUUCAGGAGCCUCACUUAUCUCUAGUCACUAGAACUGUGUUUGAUAAAGGCAGAAAAGAUAGGAUCAUAUGGCAAAGCUACAUUAACCAAAGCCUGAACAAAGCUAUUUAUGUUAAGUUAAAUCAUUGGGAGAAGGUCAAUUGGGGUGAGGCCAUUUGGGACAGAUUUCUAUCCCCUUCCAUAUCCUUCUUUUGUUGGAGAUUCUUCAAUAACCUCUUGCCAACUGAUGAUAUUCUUAAACUCAAUGGUUUAAGAGGACCCUCUAGAUGCUAUCUUUGUCUAAAAAAUGAGGAGAACAUUAACCACCUGUUUUUCAAAUGUGAGUUUGCUCAAGAGGUGUGGAAAGAGCUCUUUAAUAAUAUUAAGGAUGAUAACUUGGAUAAGGACUGGACUAGUCUUAAUGUUGGUUGGUAUAACUGGAGAAGUACACAGGGGGAGUCAAUCCCCUUCAUUGUGGCUUGGUUCUUGUGGAUCUGUAGGAACAACAACAAACAUGAUGACAUGAUGAUAAGAGUAUCUAACAUAACAAGGUAA